UUCACAACAAACAACGUGCUUCGAAACCGCGAUAUCAGUAUUCCACUCUGCAGAGUUGGUAGGAGGGUUGUCUCUUAUUAGUCAUUCCAGUUGAAAACUGCGAACGGUUCGUUCAUAGUUACUCGUGUUGCCUUGUGUCGCUUGCGGUACGCUGUGAGAAUACGAUUAUUUUACAUUUUUUUAUUCCGGUUAUCUAAUAAAAUUGUGUUAGUAGACUGGUGAAAAAAUUGUUCGCGGUUUUUUAAUCAUAAUGUACCACAUAUUUUUCGAAUUAUUUUAAAGUGUUCGAAAAGGUGUUGAAAUUUUGUGAGUUCCAGUAUAGUUUUGAGUGUUAUUCCAGUCGUAGUUGUCAGCAUUAUUAUUUACCAGUGAGUAGUACAUUUUACAUUUUUACCAUACGAGUGAGACAGAACGCGAUGAAUAAAUAUGUUGCAACAGGUGCUCAGGGAUAUGUAUAUCGAUCCGGAAUUAUUGGCCGGAUUGGCUGAGAAAGAUAAACAAACUUUGUAUUGUUGCAUGAGAGGAGAACAAAUACGACGGUGGAGAUUAUGGGAUCAGAAGGAAUCAGAAGUUAUGAAAAAUCAACAUACGAGAUCCAAACGUAAAGGUAAAUCAGUCCAAUGGGCUCUUGACAGUACGGGAGAACCUCGUGUUGAUAUCAUAGACUGUGAAUAUCUUUACGACGAAACCGAUUACCCAGAAAAAGAAACGAAAGACUUGAACAAAGAAUACGAACAAAAAGAGUUGAGGUUAUCUGUGAAAGAUGGCCAAAGUGUUGAUCUCAAAAACAACGAAACCGCAGUCAAUAAGAUACCGAUACCAAAGUACGUAGAUGUCUCAGUGACCAAUAAAACCACCUCUUCGGCGUCCAUUGUGAUCAAUUUCAACGAAAAAAGAGGAGCUUUGCAAGAGCUAUCUCUGAAUAAAGUCCCCAAAGUAGCCAGACAAGUGGCCGAAUGGGAAAAACGCGUCACACAAGACGGCGAACCAAAAACUCCAUCACCUGUUAAAAACACUGCCAUAAAAUCUACUAAAGACAUCGAAGAUACCGCCAAUGAAACCGAACAAGAACAAUUGUGGCGUGAACAACGUUAUUAUUUCGCUUGUUUUAUAGAAAAGAAAGCCAAGGAAGCAGAAAUUAGAAUGAGAACAAUAGCUCGUCUUGCUCGCGAAGAGCAUCGCCGUUCGAUGAUCGAAAAUGGUGACGAAAACUUUCAAAGUUUGUUAAUACAAGACAAUGCUUUCGAAUUGUGCAAAAAUGUCAGUAAACCUCCGAGUAAAGAAGCACUGCUAGAGUGGUUCCGUUCUACAGAAAUACCAAAAAAAGCUGUGCUAGAGAAGGAUAACUCCACCGCUAAAUGGUUUCAUGGUUUCAUUUCAUGGCGAGAGGCUGAAAGUAUCCUAAACGAAGAGAAAUGUGGCACAUUUCUAGUUCGAAUCUGCGAACGUGUAUGGGGCUAUGCGAUUUCAUACAAAGACACUGUCGGAGUCAAACAUUAUCUGAUCGAUGCUUCCAACGGUCACUAUAAAAUUCUCGGAACCGAUCAUAUUAGUCAUAAUACAUUAGGUGAUUUAAUUUCGUAUUAUAAAAUCAAACCUUUGACGUCGAAUACUGAAGAAACUCUUAAAUAUCCGUGUCUUAGGUCAAGAGAUCUAUCUGCUGUUAUGUGAAGUAAAAUUUAUAUUUAAAUUGUUAAAAAAUACAAUCGGAUAUUGCGCAUUUUUAUUAUUAUAUUUUUAUUUUUGUAAUAUGUAUGUCUUAUUGUAUAAUUAUGCAUACUGUUUUUUAUCUACGAGUGAUUUCUGACUGAUGAACUUGCUGUAUAAUAAAUUAUUUUCGAUAUUUCA